CCGUGCGGGUCGACUUGACGUCCGAGGAGGGAGCCUAGGCCACAGGAGUCUGGCCUUCGGGGCAGACCCAUGAGCCGCAGUCGGAGAUGAGGGAGAAAGUUCUGGGAGUCCAAACAGGGUUGCUAACCGCCGCCAGGAAGGCGAGGCGGCCGGGGGCGGGGCCGGAGCCUUGCGGGCCUCACUGCGCAGGCGCCGAGCUAACCGUUUCCAUGACGGCGACGACCCACGCGCCGCAACCGCUGGGCAACCGUUGAGUCCAGACCCGGGCCCCGCGGGAGACCUUCGUAGCGGAGUUUCAGCACCCCCACCUCAGCGCCGGCUGCUGUCUGGGGUCAGCUGAACCCCACCUCCCUGCUCUCUGUCUGCGGCCACGACAUGGGCGACCUGGAGCUGCUGCUGCCAGGGGAAGCUGACGUGCUGGUGCGGGGGCUGCGCAGCUUCCCGCUGCGCGAGAUGGGCUCCGGAGGGUGGAACCAGCAGCAUGAGAACCUGGAGAAGCUGAACAUGCAGGCUAUCCUUGAUGCUACAGCCAGCCAGGGCGAGCCCAUCCAGGAGCUGCUGGUCACCCAUGGGAAGAUCCCAGCACUGGUGGAGGAGCUGAUUGCAGUGGAGAUGUGGAAGCAGAGGGUGUUCCCUGUGCUGUGCAGGCUGGAGGACUUCAAGCCCCAGAACACUUUCCCCAUAUACAUGGUGGUACACCACGAGGCCUCCAUCGUCAACCUUCUGGAGACAGUGUUCUUCCACAAGGAGGUGUGUGAGUCAGCCGAGGACACUGUCUUGGACCUGGUAGACUACUGCCACCGAAAGCUGACUCUGUUGGUGGCCCGGAGUGACUGUGGUAGCCCUCCUGAGGAGGAGGAGUCCCAGUAUGGCACCCCCAUACAGGAGCUGCAGAAGCAGGCAGAGCGGAUGGAGUUUGAGAUCUCACUGAAGGCCCUCUCGGUGCUGCGCUACAUCACAGACUGUGUGGACAGCCUUUCCUUGAGCACCUUGAACCGCAUGCUCAGUACCCACAACUUGCCUUGCCUCCUGGUGGAACUGCUGGAACACAGUCCCUGGAGCCGGCAGGAAGGAGGCAAGCUGCAGCAAUUUGAGGGUGGCCGUUGGCAGACAGUGGCCCCCUCAGAGCAGCAAAAGCUGAGCAAGUUGGAUGGGCAGGUGUGGAUCGCUCUGUACAACCUGCUGCUAAGCCCCGAAGCCCGGGCCCGCUACUGCCUCACCAGCUUUGCCAAGGGACAGCUCCUCAAGCUUCGGGCCUUCCUCACAGACACACUGCUCGACCAGCUGCCCAACCUGGCAGACCUGCAGGGCUUCCUGGCCCACCUGGCCCUGACCGAAACCCAGCCCCCUAAGAAGGACCUGGUGCUGGAACAGAUCCCAGAAAUCUGGGAGCGGCUAGAGAGAGAGAACAGAGGCAAGUGGCAGGCCAUCGCCAAGCACCAGCUGAGGCACAUAUUCAGCCCCUCGGAGCAGGACCUGCGGCUGCAGGCACGAAGAUGGGCGGAGACCUACAGGCUGGACGUCCUCGAGGCGGUGACUCCAGAGCGGCCCCGCUGUGCCUUCUGCAGUGCGGAGGCCUCCAAACGCUGCUCACGGUGCCAGAAUGAAUGGUAUUGCUGCAGGGAGUGCCAAGUCAAGCACUGGGAGAAGCAUGGAAAGGCUUGUGUCUUGGCAGCCCAAGGUGACAGGGCCAAGUGAAGGCUGCAGCUGCUGAGGGCCAACCACCCAGGCCAUACAACCCACCCAGGGUGUGCCGUUGAACCUCAGGAUCUCAGCCUAGCCUUUGCCAGAGCCCCAGCCUCCCAGGUGGUGAGCACCGCGAGCACAGAGAGCUGCUGACCCAUCUUCCCCAGCAAAGCGCUCCCCGCUUCCUGCCCUACCCAGUGGGUAGGCUGAGGGCGCUGCCUCAGCAAGCUGGAGGCCUAGGCGGGGGCAAAGACAAGGGCCGGAUGUGGGGACCCUGUUCCUCUAGCAGAGUAAAGCUGGCCUCUAGAAA